AUGGCCAGCACAGUUCUUCAGUCACUAAACUUCUUCCUGAUUGUGUUUCCAUUUGUCUUGUCUUUGUCGAUCGUGAUCGUCAGAAUAUGGCGGAAGUUGGUGGAAAAGACCUUGGCUAUCGGUGAGUACAGUGUGAGCGUAUGCACAGCCCGAACCUGGACCACGCUAAUGGGCAUGAUCUAUCCAGAAGAUGCUCUUCUCAUGGUCGCCGAAGCUUUGAUAGCGGUACUCACAGCAACUAUGUGGAAAUAUGUCGUUGUGUCGUUCUCGGGUUUCCACCAGGAAGACAUACCUGAAGGAGCUGUAAAUCAGGUCAAUGUGUUAUACUGGCGGUUCAUCAACAACGCAAUCUACAACCCAAUUCUCGGCCUGGUUAAAAUCUCGUUCUUGAUUACGCUCCAGAAACUGCGCUCGCCAAAUCGUAUGAUCACCGCUAGUUUAUGGACGCUCAUCAUCAUAAACGUUACAUACAUCUUCGCCGCUACGUUCGGCAGUAUAUUCAUGUGUAUACCAGUUCGAAAAUCUUGGAUCAUGACAGAGACCGGCUCUUGUGGCAACCGCGCUCAAUAUAUCUUCGGAGUUAUUGGCGUCACAAUAGCGACCGACGUAUUGGUCACUAUUAUACCUGCCUGGAUUGUCAUCGACCUACGAAUGUCGGUCAAGAACAAACUUGGUGUUAUAGCCUUUCUCUCGCUGCCGCUUGCCGUCACCACAAUCGCCUGCUACCGCUUGCAUACUUUUCUGGUCGUUUUCAGCCUUCCUAAACUAUCUGCAGAGGAUCCGUAUAACAUACGCAAUGCACUGUCGAACAUAGAAUCGAACCUCGCCGUGAUCGCGACAUGUGGGCCCACGAUCAAGUGGAUUCUAGGCAGGUUCAUUCCGUGGCUUGACAGUCUAUACUAA